CACACCUCGUCAGGUCAUCCAGGUUCUCAAUCUUCAUAGAGCAUCCGCAAAUCCCCUGACAGCCACAGCGGCAUCUGACUGGAAAUGACUGUGCCGCCAGUACGCGAACGAGCCUCGUUCGAGGUAGCCAAACGCGUUCUCUGUCAGAUUCUGAACGAAGGUCUGGUCAGCGGGACAUUAGAGACAUUCGAGUCCGAAGGCCCGUACCUGUGUCUGUUCAGCAACGGCUGCGUCACAGAGAAGCCAGAAAAAUGCAUCCGUGUCCGACUCCAGCCCAGCGGGGCGGGAAUCUUCAUGCGCUCUGGGCGCAUCGUGUCGCUGGUGCGCCCGGAGAUGUUGCAAAUGCCCGUUACUCUCGUAGAUGGGCCGUCUGAAGGGCGGGAGCUUCGUUCGGGGGCUCUGUUUCGGUUUGCAAGUAGCCUGUUCACGGAGCAUGUCGAGGCGACAACGUUGGAAGAGAUAGCGUUGGGGUUGGAGAAUAGUGAGGCCAAUACAGAAAAGUGGCUGGAAUUGCACUCCUCGCCUGAGCCAUUACACCUCAACACGCCGUCGGUCAUGUGGGAACGGGCGCUGAUCUGGGGACACCCGACGCAUCCGUUUCACAGACUGUGCUAUGCACAAGAAGGCCUAGCUCUAGUUGAACCCAAAGACCUGCCCGAGUUCCUCACGCCCACACUGGCCUUCGUGUCCGUCCUACGGGCAGAGGUCUCCUUCGCAGGCCCAUUCGAGGACGCUGACAGAGUCAUUGUCCCCUGCCUCCGUCUCCAACUCCCCUGUGUCUUCCGCCACUUCCCCAGUGCCGUCGUGGUGAAGACAGUUACCGGCUGUGCAGACACGCAAGCCUCGAUGCGCACCCUCACCCUGCGUCCAGAACUCAACUUCCCCUACCACAUCAAAAUGUCCAUUGCCUGCCAGAUCACUUCGGAUGUGCGGGCGAUCCGCCCCUGCCAGACCCUCGGCGGCCAGCUGGUUAGGAAGCAGCUGCACAAAUUCUUCCCGCCGGAUCUGUGGUGGUUCAAAGAGGUUGCGUCUGUGUCGGGGAGCCAGACGGCGCAGGGAGACACGCAAGAAAACGAAGACAAAGCGCGUCAUAUCGGCUGUAUUCUGCGUGAGGACUUGGAGGCUCUAGCGAACGCGAACAAUGAGGCGCUGAUCAUCGCGGGGUCGCUGGCUCAGCAGCCCACGAAUCAUCCCCGGACACACGCGGAGAUUGUCUUUGGUCUUGAGACUGUUGAGCAGAAGCAUGAGUGGCUCAGAGAGUAUGUGGCGGGCUUUUUGCGCGCUGUCCUCCCUUCGCUGGUGCAGUAUGGCAUCGGGAUGGAGGCCCAUGGGCAAAACACCCUGGUUCGCGUGUGUCGCCAGACCAAAAGAAUCACCGGCUUCGUCGUCCGAGACUUCGAGGGCAUCAAGGUGCAUGUCCCCACGCUUGAGAAACUCGGCAUAGAGCUGUGUAUGACCUCUCCAGGCUGCACGAGAAAUCUGGAGAACAUCUGGAGCAAGAUUCACCAUGCCCUCUUCCAGAACCACCUGGGGAAUCUGGUCUACGCGCUCGGUCUGGACCGCCACGAUGGAUGGACGAUCAUCCGGGACGAGCUCACCGCUGCCCUGGAGCCGGACAUGGGUCCGCGGGCUAAGGAGUUCUAUGACUUUAUUCUUCAGGAUACGAUGCCGUUUAAGUGCUUUUUGAGAAUGCGGAUCAGCGAGCACUUUAAUGAUUAUGAUGGCGAUGAACAGGAUGCACCGAGCGUCAAGCGUGACGAGAGACUGCUGCCUAAUGCCCUUCUCAUGGGUUCUGAUAAAUGGGAGAAGAUUUUGGAUGAUCAUGCACAGAGAAUGCGCAAGACUUGAAGAUUAUCGCCGCGGCACCUCACUUAUAGCUGUUAGACGUUGAGUUGACUGCAGUGAUGCCAUAUGUAUUCAUUCAUUCACGUAGCAUUUGGAGCGAGUCUGCAGCUGCUGAGGGGACAGCGUGGCACUCCUGCUGUUGAGUCAAUAUUCCCGCUGAACGAGUGGGUUAUAUGGAAUGGAGCGCUGUAGGUUGGGCGAGAAGUUACAUUCGACAACGAUCCUAACAAACGCUGAUCCUGACAAACACUGACUAGCAGUGUG